CCAAAGCGGUGUCAGACCGACAGACAUGGAAGGAACGUAUUCCUAUGUGCUGCUCGUCGAACUCCACGAAAACAACAUACCAAGACUUAAAAACAAAUUAGUUAAAUACUUUCAGAGUAAGAAAUCAAACGGCGGAGACUGCGAAGUUGACUACGAAAAUGGCAGGCGAACAGCGGUGCUGCGCUUCCGCUCGGAGAAAGACCGACAAAAAGUUCUGGCUAAAGAAACACAUGAAAUAAUUGUGGAUAAAGACGUGUUGAAAAUGACUGUUCGUUUACCCGAAGAAGAGAAAUCAACUCAGGGAACUCCAUCUGACGGUGUCAACAAGAAAUCUGAUGUUGCUGAAAACAAAAAGUCAGCCUCAAGUGGAUGUACACCUGCAGCCAUACCUCAAACAGAAAAGGACAACCAAGGUGAUCAGACGGCAGAAGAACUGCAUUCAACCUCAGCUGUGUUGGGCAAUGUUACAUCCACUGUAAGCCAGGAGUUUUUGGAGAUGUUGGUAGAAAACAUUUUAAAGGAUCCUGAUUCACCAACUCCCUCCCGAGCCUUCAGUUUGGAGGUUAUUCCUGGUCUCUCCUCUGCUGUGGUGACUUUCCAAAGUAUAACAGAAACAACAGAUUUUAUUCAAAGAUGCCCCAGCAACAGGACAUUCAAGAAUAAGAAAUUAUCAGUCCGGCUUCUUGAAGUCACAAAUGAAGUUUUAAUGGAAGGCACUCAAAAUUAUAAUGCUGAUUUCCUCCACCUGUAUUUUGAGAAUGCAGGUGGUAAUGUGGAAAACAUCGUGGUUAACGAAGAGGAGCAGUCUGCUGUCAUCACCUUUAAUGACCAUAAAGCUGUUCAAAGAACCUUGAAGAAGAAGCACCACAUCCAGCAGCAGGCAGUUUCUAUCUAUCCCUUCUACAAGUCUUUGGGAACAGCUCUCUAUGGCAAAGACAGGGCUCCACUAGAACUGCCGAAUCCCAUAUCUGAGCACAUUGACAAAGUUAUUGCAAGAUACCUACAAGUCAGUCCAUUAGAAGUAGAGGCCAUUCGUAGUGACUUAGCAAAGCAUUUUUGCAGUGUGGCGGUACAACAAUCUACAGUGUGCAUGAGCCCCAUGUCUUCACUACUACAGCAAAAGGAUGUUAAAGCCCUCAUCAAAAAUUGGACUAAAACAGUGAAAUCCACCUUAGAGCAAAGUUUGUCAAAAUUCAAAUGCCUGAAGUUUAACAUUGAGGAGGGGGCAUGGGAUGAAGCUGAAUCAAAAAUUAACCAGGUGCUGCUGAAUGAGAAGGUGGUUGUCGUGCCUGUUAAAGCCCACAGCAUUUUGUACGUGGGUGGGUCUGACACUACUCUGAACAGAGUAGAACAGACUCUUCACGAUAUCGUCAACAAUAUUUUCAAAAGGUUACAAAGGGAGAAAAUGUGCAUAACACGAAAGAUUAAAGUGUCACCAUCUACAUAUUACCUUAUGUCUCAAGAUGAUUUUCAGGACUCUCUGCAACUCAUACACCGAGAAUUCAAGAUGUCUUACAACAAGGAUGGCCAUGAUUUCAUAAUGACCGGUUUAAGUGAGGAGAUCUUGGCUGCUACAGAAUUCAUAUAUAAUGCAAAGUUAUCCCUAAAACAGCAGAAAUUGGAGAUGGAUGACUUUGUGCUCGAGUUUUUGAAGGAUGAAAAACAAGAGGACCUUACACAUGCUCUCCUCACAUCGAGACAAGUGCAUGCAGCAUUUGAGAUAAAUACACAGGGAAUACAGCUCAUUGCUCUUAACGACAGAGAGCUGAAGAAUGCUCAACAUCAUUUGACAAGUCUACUGGUGUCUCAGUACAUUGAUGUUCAAGAUUGUAAUGUGCUGAAGAAACCAGAGUGGCAGCAGCUGGUGAGUCAUCUGGAGAAAGUCAACAAUGAAUCGUACAGAAAAAUCUCUAUUCAGACCAAAGACCAGCAAGUAGUGGUGGCUGGAUACAAGGAUUGUGUUGAAACAGUUAGCAGUAAACUUGAUGACUUCUUGCAGCAGAAUGCUGAAGUUGAAGAAACUGUGCCACUCAAGCACCACAUCAUUGUGGAAUACAUUGAAAAACAUGUUGCAUUAUGGAAGGACCAAGUGAAAGAUAAAGCCGUGGUUUCUUUCAAAAAAGAGGUCAUUUGUCUUAGUGGCUCUAAAGUCAAUGUUGCAAAUUGCCAAACCUUGUUUCAAGAUUUGGCAGCCACUUUGCACUUUGAAGUUUUAAAAGUAAACAAGCCUGGAGUGAAGAUGUUAUUUCAAGAUAAAGAAGCCAUGAUUGUUUCUUCCAUCACCAAUGUGACAGGUUGUCUAGUGCAGUUGAUUGAUGAGAGUAGUGGUAGUGGACAGGGCGAAAAUUCUCAGCAAACAUAUUCUACUCAAGUGAACAUUAACAUUGACCACCCCCAAUCUCCUCAAGCUGCCAAGUCUCCAACUGUAAAGCCUGCUGCUGACCCAAGUUGCUUGGGCCAGUUUCUGACCAAAGAGGGCUUGGCCAUCGCUCUGAUGACAGGAGAUAUUGCAAAUGCUACGACUGCGGUGACAGUGAAUUCUAUAAGUGCAGAUCUUGACCUGAACAAAGGGAAUGUUUCUAAAGCCAUCAUUCGUGUGGCUGGACCCAAACUUCAGGAGUUAAUAAAUGAGAAGACAACCAGUGGAAACGUUGGGGAAGUAAUUGUUACUGAUGGCUGCAAGCUGAGAAGCAAACAGGUCUUUCAUGCAAUUGCACCUGAUUGGGACAAUGGACAAGGAUCAGCAGAGAAGACAUUAAGUGACCUUGUGUGGGAUUGUUUGAACAAGGCAGAAGACAGUGGUUUGAAUUCCAUAACCUUCCCUGCGAUCGGCACGGGAAACCUGGGUUUCCCUAAAGACCUUGCUGCAGCUGUAAUGUUUGACCAAAUCUCGGCAUUCAGCAGUAAGAAGCAGCCUAAACACCUCAAGACUGUUGUGAUUGUCCUUUACCACGGAGAUGCAUCAACAAUCCAGGCUGCUUGUGAUGAGUUCAGCAAAUGUUUCCCUACUGAAUCAGACAAGCCAGUGUCCACACAUGCAGGGUUCUUUUCUGAAAUCACUUCGAGAUCAGGACUGCAUGAGUGUAAAAUGGGAAAUGUGACUAUACAGUUGGUCACAGGGGACAUAACUAAGGAGACCACUGAUGUCAUUGUCAACUCCUCCAAUGACAAAUUUAAUCUCAAGUCAGGAGUAUCCAAAGCUAUUCUGGAUGCAGCUGGCCAGGCUGUAGAAGCAGAAUGUCAGGUUCUAGGUGCACAGGGCAGUGACAGUAUGAUAAUAACUCAUCCGGGCAGUCUAAAGUGUAAGAACAUCCUUCAUGUGGUUGGACAGGCAGAUCCAAUAAAAAUCCAGAAUGUGGUGAAAAAGGUCAUCCAAAGGUGUCUGAAGGACUCCUACACCUCUGUCUCAUUGCCAGCCAUUGGCACAGGUCAAGGAAAAGUAGAAGCAAGACAUGUGGCGGACGCUAUGUUGGAUGCAGUUGUUGCUGUUUUGAGCAAGAACCCUGGGAGCCCACUGAAGAUGAUCCGAAUUGUCAUAUUCCAGCAAACCAUGCUGAAAGAUUUUUACAAGAGUAUGCAACGAAGAGAAGCUAGUGACCAACAGCAAAAAGGGAGCAGCUUCUGGGGAAAUAUUGGUUCCAAAUUCAAGUCGCUCUUCACUGCUGCUGACACACAGCCACAGAAAGGAGGAGAUUUUGUCAUUGAGCCUUUGAAGGUGGACCCGACUUGCUUUCACAUCUGUGGCCGUUCACAGGCUACAGUUAACUCAGCUAAACAGUGUCUCAAUGACUUCAUAUGUAAGGAACAAGACAACACCUGCAUUAAAGACAACAUCAUUCUUAGCUUCACUACCGCAGACCAUCAGCGACUUGUUGACAUGCAGAAGACUAUGGCUGUGAGCAUAAGGGUUGAAUGCAAGAUGUCCCAGGCUUCAGUCUCUGUUGUGGGACUCCGUAAGGAUGUGCUCAAGGCCAACAAUGAGAUAUAUGACAUGCUGAGGAAGGCAAGAAAUGAGGAGGAGUUGAAGAACAAAGUCGACCUUGCUUGUGCAAAGGUGGACUGGCAAUACCAGCAACAGGGGAAACCAUUUAAGAGUUUUGAUUCAAUGGCAAACUUCCAGCUUGAAGAAGCGUGGGAGAAGAAGCAUCCGAAUGUACAAGUUGUGAUCGAGGGUCAGAAGUGCACUGUUACCAUGCCAAGUGGACCUGCUAAAGACAGCCAAGGAGGUGCCAUGAAAAUAAGGAGGAUUGACAAAUCUAAAGAUCAACUUCACCUGCCUCAACACUGGGAUGCCAUGCCCAAUGACAAAUUGUGUCACACCGUCACCAUCCAGGCAAAAACAGCUGAACACGAUGACAUCCUGAAUCUUUUCCAGACAUCAUGCAAAAGAACUGUCCUCAAGAUCGAGAGGAUCCAGAAUGCCACAUUGUGGAAGAGCCUUGAAAUCAAGAAGAGUGAGAUGGAUCUAAGAAACGGUCAUCAGAACAAUGAGAAACAUCUCUUCCAUGGCACUUGCCCCACCACUAUAGCUCACAUCAACCAGCAUGGCUUCAACAGGAGCUACGCAGGAAGGAAUGCUGCUUGUUAUGGCAACGGAACAUAUUUCGCUGUCGAUGCUAGUUACUCUGCCCGUGACACCUACUCCAUGCCAGACUCCCAAGGACAGAAGUACAUGUACUUGUGCCGUGUGCUAACAGGAGAUUUUACGGAUGGCCAACAAAAUAUGAUCGUGCCACCAGACAAGCCCUCUGGCUCUCUUCAACGGUAUGACAGCGUCGUGGACAACACAGCCAAACCCUCCAUGUUUGUCAUCUUCCAUGACACCCAGGCUUACCCAGAGUAUUUGAUUACCUUCAAGUGAUACAACUACAGACAUUGACAUCAGAAAUAAACUCUCUGCAUAAGUCUUUGAAUGUGAAAUGCUUACUUGAUAAUGAUGAGGUUUUUGUGAUUAUAAGCAUCUUGAAAAUGACAUCUUGAAAACAUAGGUGGGCAUAAAAUAAUAAUCGAAGAAGAAAGAAAGAGUUUAGAAAAUUAGCCCCAUGUUAUGUGGAAUCUCUGAAAUGUUUAACAGUUUUGU